CAUCCGUCGCUCCAACAAUGCAGCUUUUAAUGGUGCUGUGAGCGGUGCGAGGUGAAAACGCAGCAGCACCACAGGCUCGUCCUGAGACUGAACUCGUUGCAAAUUCAACACUUACGAGCUUUUCACGCUUUGACAAACCCCACCGGCGCGAUUUGGACUCACAUUUUUGGACAUUUGUGGAACCCUGCUGGGGGUUCCUGUGUUGGGAAGGAAGAGACGAUUUCACAGAUUCCUGACAAGGUAUUAAAAAAAUGACAGAAUCUCAGAUAAGACCACCCACCAAUCUCACUGACCUGUGAGCAGUCAUGCACUCUCUGCAUCACCCAUCGAGGGAAACCCCUCUACAGAUGUGGGCCCUUUUUCUGACAUAAAUUAGAAAGGGUGAAUCAAAUAACAGAAAUGGCAUUGGAUCAUGUGGGCUUUAACGCCACAGAGUACAUAUUAGAUUCAGAUGAGGCGGAACCUCUAGCUAAUAUCCAGAGGACUCUUUAGAGGAGGAAAAACAGCCUCGGAUGACCUUAACAGAAGGACGAAGCUACAGCCCAGCUUUGAUGAUUUAGGAUCCAUCCCGCUGCCUUGCUGACAAGGUCGUACCAUGGCUGCUGCUGAUCCCCAUAGCAACGGUUCCCUGGUGGGACGUGGAGCCGACUGAGAGAGUCAACAAUGCAGCGUAACGGUGGAGGGGUUGGUGCCGGUGGCCAGCCAUGGGUGUUGAGGCGUGUGCGUCUCACGUGGCUCAGUUUCAUGCUCUUCUUCAUUCUGGUCUUCUUCCCGCUCAUUGCCCAUUACUACCUCACUACCAUAGAUGAGGCAGGUGGUCCUGAUAAGCGCAUCUUUGGGCCGCGGCCGGGCGGCGAACUGUGCGAGGCCAAACACGUGCAGGAUCUGUGCCGCAUCCGUGAAUCUGUCAGCGAGGAGCUGCUGCAGCUGGAGGCGAAGAGGCAGGAGCUCAACGGGGAGAUCGCCCGACUCAACCUGCGAAUCGAGGCUUGCAAGCGCAGCAUCGACAGCGCCAAGCAGGAUCUGCUGCAACUGAAGAACGUUAUUAGCCAGACAGAGCAUUCCUAUAAAGAACUCAUGGCCCAGAAUCAACCUAAGCUGUCAUUGCCAGUCAGGUUGCUGCCAGACAAGGAGGACCCAGGACUUCCACCGCCAAAGUCUGCACGUUUCUGCCGCCUACGCUCCUGCUUCGACUAUGCACGAUGCCCUCUUACGUCAGGGUUUCCUGUGUAUGUCUACGACACAAGUUCCUACCAAUGGGCGGACUAUAUUGACCCCUUGGUGAAGCAGGCUUUUGCAGCAUCAGUUAAGAGCAACAUUUAUGUGACUGAUAACCCCAGCAUCGCCUGUCUGUAUUUGGUGCUAGUGGGGGAGCUACAAGAGUUAUCCUCUUCUCCGCUGCCACCUCCUUCAGAGCUAGAAAAACAACUAAAAGCUCUUCCUUACUGGAGAUCUGAUGGACACAAUCAUGUUCUCGUGCAUCUUUCUAGAAAGUCCAUGACGCAGAACUUCCUGUAUAAUGUGAGCACAGGACGGGCGGCAGUAGCUCAGUCCACCUUCAUGGAGCAGCAGUACCGUGAGGGCUUUGACUUGGUGGUCUCCCCGCUGGUUCAUGCCCUCUCAGAACCAAACUUUUUAGAAGUGCCACCUCAAGUUCCUGUAAAGAGGAAGUACCUAUUCACCUUCCAAGGGGAGAGAGUGGAAUCAUUGAGGAGCAGCUUACAGGAGACACCCCCUCAAUCUUUUGAGGAGGAAAUGGAAGGAGACCCGCCAGCCGACUAUGAUGAUCGCAUAAUCGGCACCUUAAAGGCAGUGCAGGACAGCCACUUGGAUCAGGUGCUGGUGGAGUUCACCUGCAAGAACCCACGGUCAAGUCUGCCAACUGAGUGGGCUCUCUGUGGAGAGAGGGAGGACAGACUGGAGGUGCUAAAGGUUUCAACUUUUGCCCUGGUAAUCUCUCCAGGAGAUGGACAGGUGGUAGCAUCAGCAGGCUGUGGGAUGAGGCUGUUUGAGGCCCUAGAGGUGGGGACUAUCCCAGUCGUGUUGGGGGACCACUCCAGACUACCUUAUCACCAGUUUAUUCGAUGGACUGAAGCUGCUAUUAUAGUCCCCAAGCCUCGUGUCACUGAACUACACUUUCUGCUGCGCAGCCUAUCAGAUAAUGACAUGUUAGCGAUGAGGCGGCAGGGCCGCUUUUUGUGGGAGACUUACUUCUCCACCUCUGAAAAUGUUCUGAACACCCUCUUGGCAAGCAUCAGAACCAGCAUCCAGGUUCCUGCUGCACCCAUAAAAGAAGAACCUGCGCAAGAGAUUCCUCACAAGGCAGGGAAGCUGGCAGGGACUGAUGCCAACCUGGCUGACAAUGGUGAUCUGGAUUUGGGCCCCGUUGAGACAGAGCCCCCCUACGCCUCGCCACGCUUCCUCCGCAACUUUACAUACACAGCUGCAGACACCUAUAGAGCAUGGAACCGGGCUCCUGGGCCUUUCCAUUUGUUUCCUCACACUCCCCUGGACCCUGUGUUGCCAUCUGAAGCCAAAUUCCUCGGCUCUGGUACCGGUUUCAGGCCCAUCGGUGGGGGUACGGGAGGCUCAGGGAAGGAGUUUCAGGCUGCUCUGGGAGGGAACGUGCCCCGAGAACAAUUCACUGUGGUUAUGUUGACAUAUGAGAGGGAGGAGGUGCUGAUGAACUCUCUGGAGAGGUUGAAUGGACUGCCAUAUCUCAACAAGGUGGUGGUGGUGUGGAAUUCGCCCAAACCUCCUUCAGAUGAUCUACUGUGGCCAGACAUUGGCCUUCCCAUUGUGGUUGUCCGAACAGAAAAGAACAGCUUAAACAACCGCUUCCUGCCCUGGGACACUGUGGAGACUGAGGCCAUCCUCUCGAUCGAUGACGACGCUCAUCUUCGUCAUGAUGAGAUCAUGUUUGGUUUCAGAGUGUGGCGCGAGGCCAGAGAUCGCAUCGUGGGAUUUCCUGGGAGGUACCACGCGUGGGACGUCAACCACCAGUCCUGGCUCUACAACUCCAACUACUCGUGUGAGCUGUCCAUGGUCCUGACAGGAGCUGCAUUCUUCCAUAAGUACUACGCCUACCUGUACUCCUACGUGAUGCCCCAGGCCAUAAGAGACAUGGUGGACGAGUACAUAAACUGCGAGGACAUCGCCAUGAACUUCCUGGUCUCUCACAUCACUCGCAAACCCCCCAUCAAGGUAACCUCUCGCUGGACGUUCCGCUGCCCCGGUUGCCCUCAAGCCCUCUCGCACGACGACUCCCAUUUCCACGAACGCCACAAGUGCAUCAACUUCUUUGUCAAGGUGUACGGCUACAUGCCGCUGCUGUACACACAGUUUCGGGUGGACUCUGUGCUUUUUAAGACUCGUUUGCCCCAUGACAAGACCAAGUGCUUCAAGUUCAUCUAGAAUCCGACUGAGUGGCCCAGCAAAGAGACCAAAGCGGAGUGGAACUGAAGGACUGGAGUUAUUUAAACAAAAAAAAAAAAAAAAAAAAAGAACAGCAGCUCCCAAAGUGCAGGGGUGAUGAAGAUGGAUGGUUUGACUGUCAGGUUAAAAGCACAGGAGGAAAGUUUGAGGUUGGGAUUUUUUGCCCGGGGGACGAAAAGACAAGUUAACCUUAAAAGCGGUUGGCUUGUGGUCUAAUCUGCAUCUGUCCUGAAAGUUUGAAGAGGGGAAGCUGAAAGGAACCACUGCCAACAAAAUACGCCUUUUCAGUGGAUGUCACUCGUCCUUUGUCAUGUUCUUGAGUCAUGCUCCUCAUCAACCACUACAGAUGUCAUUUGCACCUCUUGACGUCCUGCUGAGGAAAGAGGGCGCUUGUACACAGUGUACAGAAACUCUAAAUGAACCUUAAACUGACAAUGGAGAUGUUGGUUACUGAAUCACUGUCAGACUGAUCUCAGGCUGCGUUCACAGCCGCCUGAGGACUGUUUCAGUUUGGAAGAGCAAAAGUGGCUAAGACACUGGGCUGCUACUGUGCUUUUCUUUUUUUUCCUUCUUUUUUCCGUUACAAACUGUACUUCUUGUACAUGAGAAGCACUGAUGGUCAGAAGUAUUUUAUUGAACUUUUUUUUUUUUUUUAAUACUGUUGUUUAAAUAUGUAAAAAAAAACAAAAAUCUCCUAUGUGGAACGGACAUUUUUCAGAACCUCUGCCUGUAGGAGAUCAGACGCAGACUCGAUAGUCUGAGGAACAGAGAACCUCAAAUCCAAACAUGUUCAAUGUUUAGUGUUAAAGAUGGAAUUCACUUCAGCGGUCACCAUAAUGCCUCGAAUUUAUCAUGAAAACCAGCCACCGUUAUGUCAUUCAGCUUGUCGGAUCCGUUUAAAAAUGGCACUCUUUUAUGUUAUAGGGUGUUUACUUAUGUUUGUAAAAAUUGGUCUGAGGUUGAAGUAGUUAUAUUUAAAUGUAAUAAUAUUGAGAGAUCAACAGUUACAAUGUCCUUUAAUCAUUUGCAACAAAGUCGAGAAGAACAGCUGCCAAAAUCAACAAAUAAUAAUUCUGGAUGUCUGAUUCAUUUCAAAGAAAAUCAAGUGUGAUGUACUCUUAGAAUCAUGGUUAAAAAAAAUUAUCUUUGAAGGGAAAAGUUUGACAAUUUGGGAAGUACUUUUAUUUGCUGUCUUACAAAGCAUUAGAUAAGAAUUUAGUCCUUUUGUAAAUCUGUCUGUGAAAUAUGAGGCCACUGCCAGAAGCUUAGCCUAGCUUAGCUUAGCAUAAAUACUGAAGAUGGGGUGAAAGAGCGACUGUGGCUCUAACCAAAGCUAACAAAAUCUGCUUAACAGCUAAAUCAGAAGUUCACUCAUCAUCAACAUGUUUGUGUUGAUUAAUUCCAAAAACGGUUAAACAACAAGCUGUUUGGUGAGUCACAUUGCUAAGCUUAGCUAAUAGCAGAUAUAUAUUACAGAUACCAGAGUAUAAACAAUCUCAGAGCAAAUAAGAAUAUUUUCCACUUUUCUGAACUAUUGUCUUUAAUAUAAAUUUUACAAUUCAAGGGUUAAAUGUAUUCUGCCAUGUUCAUUUCACCCUCCUGUGUAGACCCCUUCAAAGCUAAGACAGAAACGUCACUUUGUGGUGUCGCCAUAUUGGUUUCGCUUUGUGUUUUGUUUUCUACCAUUGCUUAAUGAAUGUUUUCUUUGCCAAAUAGGUACGAUGUCUGCUGCUUUACGCUAUAAUUUGCAGGGUGCAAAGUGUGAAUGAAUGCUAAAUGGGUGCAGUCAUGUACACCCAUAAUCCACUCUGCAUGGUACUUUGUCAGGAGUAAAAACCCAUUGGAGCCCCUAACCCAUCAUGUAUUAUACCCCCAGUGUCCUUUAUUUGAUCUUCUUCAGAACAAAACCCUGAAAAUAUCCCCUUAUAAAAUACAUUAAGAAAUUAGGUUCCAGACAUGAGGAUGUUUUCUAUGAAACAAAAACUCCCACAAGUCAAUGGUUCCUGUAUAUUUAUUGAAUAUAUUAUUUUAAAAGUUUGUUUUAAACUGAUUAUGACACAUUCAAUAAAAUGACAAGACAUUGUAGUUUAUUUUUCCUGUAAUCGAUGAAGUCCCACCUUGUAUGAGCCAUCAGCUAAUUUCACAGCCUAAAACUAGCUUGUGCUAUUGAAUUCAUGACGAGGGGGGAGCUGAACUGACCUGAGAGCAGCGAACCAGGUUCUUACCUGUAAGAGAAUAUCAUAAAUUAAGCUUCUGCAACAGUCAUUUGACACACAGUUAAGUAGCUUUGAAAGCCAAAUCUCUACUUGCUACAUGUGGAUGUUGCUGCUCUCUAGCCUCUCCAGUAGAAAACACAAAUCUGUGAUUGGGCAUGAUUGGCUUGAAUUCCUAAUUACACUAUCGGGGAGAUGCACUGCGGAUAAACUAAACUAAAUUUGCACUUCUGUUGCACCAGCCUUUAAAAACUGAAUUUACCCCACUGUCACAUCUGAACACUUUUAUUGGACCUCCAAAAGCCUCAUAAUUACCUGGCUGGCUCUGACAUUGUCCUCAGGGUGUAGAUGGGGUCGGCUGUUGUUGUUUUGAAGCUAUAACCUCCCAUACCUCCAGUCCUGGGUUUCCUUCCCCCCCUUCAAGGAUCCGUGGCACAGCUGGUUUUCCAUGGCCCAGAGCAGGGUACAUUUCCCUGGAAGGCUGCAGUCAGUCACUCCUGUUGGAGUUUUUCUUUUUCUUUUUUUUUUAAGUAUGUGCUCCUCCUGGGUCUGAUCCACAAACUGUGGGCAAGGCUCCAGCCACCUGCAGCUGAUUCCUGCACUGUACCACUGAUGACUGAUGACAGUGUCAAACAUACCAUUGAAGGCUAGAUAAAUGGAAAUAAAAACUCUCCACAUUGUUUAAACAUUGUCUUGA